AUGGCGCUCCCGCUGCCCGACGCCUCGUGGCGGCCCCCGCACGACCCCGCGACGCCCGCGCUGGCGGCGGUGGACAUGCAGGCGGGCGGGGAGCCGCUGCGCGUCGUGCUGGCGGGCUGGCCCGAGCCGCCGGGCGCCACGCUGCUGGCCAAGCGGCGCUCGCUGCUGCGGCUGCACGACGGCCUGCGGCGCCGCCUGCUGCUGGAGCCGCGCGGCCACCGCGACAUGUACGGCGCCCUGCCGCUGCCCAGCGAGCUGCCCGGCGCGCACCUGGCCGCGCUCUUCCUGCACAACCAGGGCAGCAGCGCCAUGUGCGGCCACGCCGUGCUCGCGCUCGCCCGCUUCGCGCUCGACGCCGGCCUGGCGCCCCCGCCGCCCCCCGGCGCCCGCGAGGCCCCAGUGCGCAUCCACUGCCCCUGCGGGCUCGUGGCCGCCUUCGUGGCCUGCCGCGGCGGCCGCAGCCUCGGGCCCGUGCGCUUCCACAGCGUGCCCGCCUUCGCGCUGGCCACAGAUCUCCUGGUGGAUGUUCCUGGCCAUGGGAAGGUGGAAGUGGACAUUGCUUACGGGGGUACAUUUUAUGCAUUUGUUAGUGCUGAGAAGUUAGGACUCAACGUUUGUUCUGCAAGAACAAGGGACCUUGUGGAUGCAGCCAGCUUAGUGACAGAAGCAGUGAAAGCACAGUGUAAAAUCCAUCAUCCUGAUAGUGAAGAUCUUGCUUUUUUAUAUGGAACAAUACUGACAGAUGGAAAAGAUGCAUACAGUGAGGAGCCAACCACCAAUAUCUGUGUGUUUGCUGACGAACAGGUCGACAGAAGUCCCACCGGCUCCGGAGUAACAGCCAGAAUUGCUUUGCAGUAUCACAAAGGACUUAUAGCCCUGAACCAGACUCGAAGCUUUAAAAGCAGCACAACUGGUUCUGAAUUCACCGGGAAGGCCGUGAGGGAGGCCAAAUGCGGUGAUUUUAAAGCUGUUAUAGUUGAAGUAUCAGGACAAGCUUAUUAUACAGGCACAGCAACUUUUACAGUGGAAGCCGCGGACCCACUGAAGGAUGGAUUCCUUCUCAAGUGAUUGACACAACUAUCAAGAACUUUAUUUUUAAAGCAAUUAGUACCUUCUAAGUAUGUGAAAGUAUUUUUUCUAGAGCAUG